UCGUUCGUUGUCUGUUAUGUUGCGACAUUAAUGUAUGUAGUACGUAAUUACGAACGAAAAAUUUGUUUAUAUUUUUUGUUCUCUUUGUGAAAGCGACGAACACGUUUGUAUUUAUAAUUAAUUCAAUGAAUUGAUAUCUUCGUAAAAAUACAAUCGAUAUAAAUAAACGUUUUUAUAUCCGUUGGUUAUAUAAAUAACGGAUUCGACAAAAUGGUUUGUGAAAAGUGCGAAAAAAAAUUGGGAAAAGUUAUUACACCGGAUCCAUGGAAAUCUGGCGCUAGAAAUACAGUGGAAAGUGGUGGCCGAAAAGUUGGAGAGAAUAAAGCUCUUUCGGCGAGCAAAGCUCGAUUCAAUCCAUAUACUGCAAAAUUUGAGACUUGUAGAAUAUGCAGACAAAAGGUUCAUCAAGUAGGUUCGCAUUAUUGUCAAUCGUGCGCUUAUAAAAAAUCUAUAUGUGCGAUGUGUGGCAAGAAGCUUAUGAGUACAAAAAAUUAUAAGCAAUCAGCUACCUAAAGUUAACUAGCUUUAUAAGAAAUGUCUUGCGAAAUAAGUGAUCAUGUUUUUAUAUGUAUAAAAUCAUACAUAUAAAAAACGGAGCAAAAUAUGAAAAGUAUUUUCGAACCUAUCUUUCAUGUCUUCUAAUUACAAAUAAUAAUAUUAUGUAUUUAUAUAUACAUGGAAUGUUUUAGUUUGGUAAUGUUUCAUCUCUCUAGAAGUUUAUUUAAAUGAUUUGAUGAUAUAACCAAUGACUGAAUAUUAAAAAUAUUAAUAUUUCUAUAUAUUAGCAUGCACAAAUGUAAAUGUUAUUAUACAAAACAGAAAUGAACAAAGAUAAAAUUUAGAAUUAAAAAAAAUAAAAAAUGGAUUCUGUGUUAUAUAAAAAAAAAAAAAAAAAAAAGAAA